CGUUCCCAUGGUAACUAAUCAGCGUCUGGCACUACAGCAAACGUAUCGUGGAAGUCAAACUAAGACGAAAGGAUUGUCUGUUAAAGAAACAAGAUUGUUUGUAACCACGUUUUUAGCCCCUCGUGAUUAAGUGGAGCGCAUUCAUGUCUGAUUUAGGGGUGCCCCGAAUCUUGAAAAAAGAUCCUCCUGCUGUUGGUAAAGUAAGUCAUCACAGUAUUGAAUUGUACUGGGAUGAAAUACACACACUGCAAAGAAAAGGACCUUCUGAACAGUGGCCGCACUUUUCAAUCGAGGAAGAGGACCCCAAGACACACACUUAUGGGACCAUUUACAUAGGAUAUAGUACAAAGCACACUGUUGAGGGUCUUGAACCCAGUACCCCUUAUAGAUUUAGACUGAAAAUAACCAGCGCAUCAGGAGAUUAUGUAUAUAGUCCUGUAGUAUCUGUUUCAACUACAAGGGAGCCAAUGAGCGGUAAGCACCUGCACUGUGCUGUGAACAUAAACGAUGAAGAAGGAACACGUCGAGUACUGCAAGCAGGAAAUGUCAAGGUUGAUGUUCCUGAUAAACUAAGCUUUACUCCUUUAAUGGUGGCAGCUCAGAAAGGCUUUACCAGGCUAGUGAAUAUUUUGGUAAAUCAUGGAGCAGACGUGAACCACAAGAAUGGAAGUGGAAAGGACAGCUUAAUGUUGGCUUGUUUUGCUGGUCACCUGGAUGUUGUUAAAUAUCUCCGAAAAUUUGGAGCUUCUUGGGAAAGCCGUGAUAAGGGCGGUUCAACAGCUAUGCACUGGGCCGCCGAUGGAGGUCACCUAAAUGUUAUCGAUUAUAUGUUACGUGAUGGCUGCAAGGUUGAUGUCAAGGAUAACAUUUCCCUGUGGACCCCGCUGAUGAGGGUUUCUGCAGUAACUGGGAAUGCAGAUGUGGCCUCUCUUUUGGUUAAAGCUGGAGCAGAUGUGAAUAUGCGGGAUAAAGAUGGAAAGACCCCCUUAAUGGUCGCUGUGCUGAAUAACCAUGAGGAGUUAGUCCAGUUGUUGUCUGAGAAGGGAGCAGAUCAUCAAGUUAAAAACGAGUAUGGAGCUGGUGUGUUGGAUAUGGCUAAAGCUUUUGGAAGACAGAACAUUGUCAACUUCCUAGAAAACAAAACCCUACAUUAGAGUGAAGUCAUAGGACACAUACAAGGAUGCUGAUCUUUUUGUCUGAAGGCUACAGUAUACAAGACAUUUAUUUAACUGUAAGAGGUUAAAACAUUCAAGAAGACUGUGCACUUCUUGACGAAAACAUUAUUCAUUUUGUGUCUGUGUUUUUGUGUACAAUAAAAACGGUCCACAUUGUAUGAUACUUUAUGCUAUGAUAUCAGCUUUUGAAAUAUACAAAAAUAUAUUCUUAUUAACACUUAAAGACCAG